AGUUGUAACUGUGUUUCGAAAUAUUGAUUGGUUGACGAGGCGUUAGUUAACGGUGCUAUUGAGCUCGUGUUAGUCUGUUUCCUGUUAUUGUGGCGAUGACAUGAGGUAUUUUUGUCUGAUCAGGGUUUUAUAACCAGGUUAGUGAUGCGCUGACGUCACUUUGCGUGGGCAAACUUAUGAAUGAACCGCAAUACUCCAGCUGACAUUUUACGCACGAGGCUUCUCAUGAAUGGCUGGCAACAGCUGGCGAAGAAUGGGAAGUGAACAGAAAAAAGUAGAAAUACACUGCAGAGAUUUUAUCUUUCUUUAGAAUAUUCAACAGAGUCGUGGAAUGUAUGACUGAGAAAAAUGACGCGCAAGCGAUCCACGUUAGGAGGGUCAGUUGACGUCGAAACAACCGUUGGACGUGACGUGAACGGAAACACAGCGGGAGUGCAGAGCUCGACAUCAAACUCAUGGUUGUCUCUUCCUGACGAACUGUGGGCAAGAAUAUUCAUAUAUCUCAAGCCUGUUGAAGACCAGCUGCCACGCCUCGGGACAGUUUGUUCUAAAUGGAGACGAGUUUUACAGAAUACGCCCUUCCUGUGGCGUACAGUUCACAUUGAUCCCGUUGGGUUCGAGCCCUGGCAGUAUGGCAUGGUGUCUACCAUUCUUACGGUAUAUGGGAAACAUAUUCAGAAACUCACGUGGCGCGACAGCGCCCCAGUGUACGAAGCUAUAUUUGUCUUAAUCACCAAGUUACCUGCCCUGAAGACGCUACGCCUACCCAUUCUAUGGACAGAAAGAGUUGUUAAUAGCCUUUCACGGCUGUCUACUCUGGAGGCCAUUCAAAUUAACGGAGGCUACGUCUUAAAAGAUUCAGAUUUAGAAUUACUGGUGAAGUCGUAUCGUCAGUUAAAAAGCGUCUCUCUAAAUGCUUGUUGGGGUUUAACUGCACGCGGAGUGUUAAAUUUUCUGCAGAACCUAUCAAGUCUUGAAGUCGUGAAAUUGAAAGUGAAUUCCAACCUGCAGCUGAACCACCAUAGAAGUGAAAGUGCCAUGAUGGCGGGGUUACGGACUGUCCAGGGUGUGUCGGACUCCAGAUUGGCCGGACUGGUCACUGUCCUUUGUAUUCACUUCGUGCCCAUCGAGAUGGAGGAGCUUUGGGGCGUUAUCAAUAAUCUGACUAACCUGAAGAAGCUCAGUGUCAGUAAUUGUGAGAGACUUCAUGGUAUCCGCCUUGUCUCCAACUCCCUACAGAAACUCUACCUCUACAACUUAUGGAACGUGUCAUUUGUCAGCGUCACUGGUUUCAACCUACGUUCUGCCGUCUUAGACUACGGUAUGGAGUCACUUGAACACUUAGAGAUACUAGCGCCAACGCUACGUCGUCUUCAAGUAGACGGCAGCGGAUCUUUACGCACACUUAACGUCAAGAGCGACAGAUUAGCGGUCGCAGAGCUCAGCCACUGUGAUAAACUCGAAGCUGAUUCUCUACGGACUAUGUUGGGAAACAAUGAGACUUUGGUGUGCCUGAGGCUAGGUAAAAUCUCGGGGUCGUCUUUACACUUAGACGAAGUAUCCUGCCCAUACUUACAAGAGAUCUGUUUACUCAGUGAUUUUUCAUGCAGCACGCUGCAUAUACGAGGACCAUCUUUACGUUUGCUGCAUGCUGAUACUGAAAACGAUCUCGGCUAUCUGCAGCACUUAUACGUGGUGGCGAAUCACCUGUGUAAAGUCUCUCUCCACGACGUACCAGCAUUGCGAACCUUUACUAUACAGUGUGUCAGUGUUGACUGUAUAGACGUCAAUAUUUGCAGUGACGUGCAGCUGUGUCUGAACUCCUGCAUUAUUCAGGCUUGUGGCUCUAUAGGUCUUCUGCGUCUUUUCGACUGUGCGUUAGAUCUAUUGGCAGUGUGCACGCCCGUUGCCAGCACGAUUGUGCUCUACCGCUGCCAGCUUACUGACUACGUCCUACAGAUGGCGCUACAGGGUUGCAGCAAUAUAUCUUACUUGAAUUUAGAGAAAUGUCUAGCUCUAAGAAAACUUUCCAUUGAGUCGCCUUCCAUGAAAUACGUCAAUCUUUACGAGUGCCAUGAUGUCCAACAACUUAACAUGAAAUGCCCCCAACUGUGUGCCUUAAAUUUGGGACAUUGUAACAGAGAGAUACGCGUUAUACUGAAUGAAAAGGAACUGGACUUCAUCAGGUUAAAUCCGCUCACCGCCCACCCCAGGAUCGUUCCCCCUCUCCAGAGCAUCCGGUGGACACACGAUAUACCUCCUCAUGACUGCCAACUGUAAUGAUCUGACAGAACCUAGUUACGUGUCAACACUGACAAACUUUUAGACAUCCUAAAACCUGACAGAACCUACCCCAGAUAUCCCAUUAAUGGGGUUGAUUUGUAUCGUAUUCACACAUCUCUUUCAAGUAAAAGCAGAACAUCAGUACAGCAAAAUUAUUAUCCGCGUAUAAGGGUAAUAUUGCAUGAAAUAUGAAAUUUGAGCCUGUUUGAAAUCAUCCAGUGAUCAUGCAUUUUCCUCCUAAGGUAAAUAUCUGGGUAUCUGCGUUAUACGGUUGCGUCACAGUGUCAGAAUGGCAUGGUUCAAGUCAUUUCUCAUCUCCACCGACAAUCACUAAAAUUGUACAUUAAAUAGUGUAUUAAAGCUAAUAAUACGCAUUAGGCCUCUAAAUAGCAUUAUGUAUGUAAUAAAUCUCCAGCCAUGGAAAUUAUUUCCUAUGAGUGGGUGUUGUUGUAUACGGUGAAAGAUCUUCAAUUAUAUUGUGUACUGUUCAUGUAAGCACGCAGCCCAUGUGCCGCAGUUCGUUAUAAUGGAAUAUUGAUAAACUGCAU